GAUUGCUGCUUAUCCGACGGCGUUUAAUUCUGUUCGCGUUCGUGUUAAUUUUAUUCGAUACUGCCGGCCGGAGGGGAAGGAGAAGAGGAAGAAGAAAUUGAGCGAGGCGGGGCGAGAGAGGAAAAAAGAAGGCGGCGAUGGGUUAUGUGCUAAGGGUGAGAUUGGCGUCGUUCUUCGCCGGAGCAGCGACGGCGUCUUUCGUCGGACUUUACAGCCUGUACAAGGAUUACAAGGUUGCUCAUGAAUCCAUAUCUCAGCAGGUGAAAGGCCUAUAUGAGACGCUUGAUGCUCGGAUUUCUGCACUCGAAAACUUGAAACAAUCUGAAGUUCCACAACCAGCAGAGGCAACGGAGUAGCUUCUCGGAAUGAAAAGUAACAUUUUAGUAUGAUACGUACUGUGGCUUUCAAAACCAAACACGUGCUACUGAAAUUGCCAUUGGUUUCUCCUGCACAUUCCUUGUAAUCAAUGGAAUAAAUUUUACAUCUUGAA